CGUGUUAUGAUUUGUGAAGUCUGUUGAGGCAGUGAGUUUAGUACAUUUUAAUAUUCAAAAUUAAUAGUUUCAGUUUUACUAUGGUCGUUUAGUACUAUCUGAAUCUGAUAUCUUCAUUUGGUGCAAUGUGUGAAAUUAAAAAUGCGUUGUUACUAAAAGAAUAACUAGUAUUUUAAAAGUUUUAGCAGUACUUAAAAACUUGUUAAACGCCAUGGCCACUACACAAAUCGACGAAUCUAUCGCAAAGUACGAAGCGUUCAUCAACGACGUCUUGAAAGAAGAUCUAAAAAAGGUGGAUUGGCGGCUGCAGCAAAUCAACGCUGAAAUCACCGACUUGAUUCAACAAAAACACACAUUGGAGGUGGUGACUUCAAAAGAAAAACAUCCUGAAGGUUUCAAGACUCAGGUGAACUUAGGAUGCAACUUUUUUAUGGAGGCCUCAGUUCCGGACACUUCUAGAAUGCUAAUAAACGUUGGAUUGAAUCAUUUUCUAGAAUUUCCUGCGGAAGAGGCUGUGAAAUAUUUAGAUGUGAGAAUAAAGGCGUAUGAGAGAAAAGCGGAGGAGUUGAAAGACCAGAGUGCUAAGACUAAGGCUCAUGUCAAGCUGAUGUUGUUUGGUAUUGGGGAGCUGCAGGAAAAAGCAGCUAAAAAGCAAUUCCAUCAGCCAACAUGAGGAAACAAAAACAACUCUUGUGGAUAAAAUGCAACUUUCUGCACAGUUUUUGAAAAAUAAAGACAGCCUUUACAAGCUGGCGUGGUGAAAAGUAUGUUAAUAUAUUUAGCUCAGAAAAGUUUUGUUUUAUGCAAACAAAAUCAAUCACUAUCUUAAGAGUUGUAAAAAAUGUAUGUCCAGUGAUCUUUGUGAUCUUAUGUAAGAACUACG